AUUUGGCAAAAAUAAAACAUCAAAAGUUUCAGGAACGACCGAAAAGGUUCAGGAUGAUGAAUUGAAGAUGAAGGGGGAUGAAAGAAACCAAACCAAAGAAUCUUCUCAGGAUGGCCAGGAAAAGAUACCAGAAAAUUACCGAGGAGUGGCCUACAGAGACAAACAAAAUCGAGUACUUUAUAGAUCAGCUCGCUGCUUUUCUACGAACCAUACGAGACCUUCUGCCCAUAUCACAGAGAACAUUUGUCAAGAACAGGAACAACGUGUUGCACCUCGUCAGCCAGACCUGGAAAAACGGGGUCAUUACGUGAAAAAUAAAAAGGACAACUUUCACGAGAUAGAAAUAAAAGAACCACUAGUUCAACAAUCGCCCGGACAUCCUCUGCUUCCUCUUCCUCAAGUCUACGCUCAAUUCUGUCAGCCUCGACGGAUUUUACCAAAGGUGUUUACAUCCCACCAUUCCCAUCCAGCAUUGAUUCAACGUGCACAGAGCCUUCGCUUCCCUAAUGUCAAGUCAGCUUUUAGUGAACAGAGGGACGCAACUGACGUGCUCCACAACAGGUCGUGUUGGUUGGAAACAUCCACAGAAGACACAAUUUAUACUCAAUUGGACCCUGUAAUGGUCAAUCAUUACAACAGUCACAAAGAAGUGCAAAACCAGCUCCAACAAGAGCAACAAUUACAAUCCAAAGACUAUCAACAAUUCCAUUCCAAAGGCCAUCAACAAUUGCAGUCUUUGCACCUAAGGCAUCACACUGAGCCACCGAGACAACUUGCAAGUCCAACUUCCAAUUUCAGAAGGGACAGGAGUGCUUCUGCAUACUGUAGGAUUGGUGAAAUGCAACCAAAAUUUUUGCCCACCAACACAAGUUUUCAUAGUACUUGUAUUCCAGCACAAGUUUCUCGGGCAACAAAGCCUUCUCCAUCCAAUUAUGAUCACCACCAUCACAGUACUGUUCAGCCAAAUGUGUAUGAAGCCUCUGAACGAUGGACUGUGCAAAAUAUUGGCUACUUGGACAGGCAACUAACUCCUCAUUAUAGUUUAGAAAAGAGUCCUUCAUUAAAGUACUCUUCAGUCAGGUCUCAUCAAGGCACCAGAGUAGGAUACUAAAAUGUGUAGUGUAACACAUUCUAAAAAAUGUCAAAAAUAUACAUUAAGAGGUUGUAUUGAGUCACUACAAUGAAAUAAUACUCCAAACAGUGGUUUAGGUUUUGUUAUUUAGAAGAGGUUGAAAAUGGAAAUCCAAGAAAUACAUGAUUCUGUAGCACAGGUAAGAAGAAUUGGUAAUUGUGAACUUUGCUAUAAUAGCUUACAGACUUCACCUUUGGUGCUUGUGAUCGUCAUAAAGUUAGAAUCAUCAACAUUUUGUCCAUUGUUUCUGUAUGUAAGUUUGUUAAAUAAGGUGUUACCUAACCAAAAAUUGAGUAGUUUUCAGUAUAUCAAUUGAUUUUAUAGAUUUUAGAUUUCUUGUGUAUAUUGAUUUAUGACGUUACGUACAUCUUGUCAGUUUGUUAUAUAGAAAACUGCUUUCAUUAAUUUAUAGGUUACUUCUUAGAACAAUUCCUUUUACAAAAAUAGAUAAACUUUAGAUUUUGCUGCUGUUUGGAUUUAAAAAUUUGCUUUCUUUUUUGUAAAUAUGGUUAAUUAAGACUAAAUAGCUACAGCAACACCAAAUUACUCACAUAGUAUGCAUCCAUUAAAAAAAAAAGGGUCUCAUCUGAAAAAAACUGAUGAUUUUACAUGCUAAUAAUGUGACUGGUAAGAUCUUUGAAAACAUGCAUUAUAAAGUAAAAUUUUAGGGUAAAAAAUUCAGGCUUACUAGAAGUACAUGCUAUUCCUUUGAUUUAAGGUACUUCAUUCUAAGUUAAAGUUAUACUGUAUUAUCCAACAAGGUUUUCCUUAUUACAAUCACAUCUUCAAGAACGUGUAGCAUUGUCCUGGCCAGUAGCUCUCAUCGUAUGUACUUACCUACCUCCAUGUUGAAUGUGAGUUUAUUAUACUAAAUGUGACUCGUUAAAAUAGAUGAAUAAGUUACUGGCAUCCAUAAUACUAGUGCCCAGAAUAUAUGAAGGCUAGUACAUGAGAAAACAUCAUAAUAAAAUACUAAGUUUAAGAAAAGCACUAAUUACCAGUAGGAAUUUUCCUUUUCAAUCUCACAUUUUAAUGCACCUUGAUGGUCUAGUCAUAGCUAAAAAAUAGCUUUUGUUACUUUCGGUUGUGAUUAUUACAUUUUUGUGUGUAGGAUUGUACAUUGCAAUCAAUACAUGGUUGUGAAUUUUUUAGUAACAAAAUACCUUCAUAAAGGAAUUACGUAAUCGCAAAAAAACAUUGUACUUCAUUGUUUCUAACUUGAGGAAUACACACACACAUAUAUAUAUAUGGCCAUGCAGCGUUUCAACCUUCCACUUAAGUCAUCAUCAGGCAAGAGAAAAUAAUACUGUUGGUUACUUUUAUUGUUGUUCUCGCUUCACACAACUAGAACAUUAUUUUAAUCUUGUAUUCUCUAAUGUGUCAAAUUAUCAUUAUUGCGUGAUGAUGACCUAAGUAGAAGGUCAAAACGUUGCUUGGCCAUAUUUAUAUAUACAUGUGUAUUUCUCUGUAAUUAACAUUUCCUUAAAUACAAGUGUCUGCUUCAUCCAAGGAAUAGUGUAGUAUGUGCACUAAAACACUUUGUUAAAGUUGAGUUAGCGUGUUUAAAUAUGUUGGAAAACAUAGAAUUAACAAUGGUAACUUAAAGAUCACCUUGAACCAAGCUAGGUGUGGUAACAAUUAACUUUUUGAAUUAGACUUGUAUAAUGGUCAUAACACUAGAUUUGUGAGUAUAAUGCUUGUACAGAAUUGCACAUUGUAGUUUACACGGAUAUGUAAAUCAGCCCUGUGUGAAAACCACAUCAGUCCACUAAUAGAUAGUAUUGAUACCUUCACUUAUACAGUUCAGUAUAUAAACACGUAAUACCUGUCAUAUUAUAUUACAAGUUACAGAUUUUACAGUAAGUAAGAUUUGUUUUUAGAAUGGGUAUGACAUUUUGAUUGCUGGUGUGAACAUUCUUAAGUACACAACUGUUGUGAAAACAAAUUUUACUAUAACAGCUGGAACUUGUAAUAUAGUUAAUCAGUAUGUAAACUCAAAACGAAGCUAUAAUACCUCUUAGAUAUUCAAAAGCUCUUUGGUUAAAAACUGACAAACACUCUCUAACCAUUAACACAAGACAUGCAGCUAGCUUGCCUCAUUAAAAAGAUGAGCAUGCACACGGAUAAGUAAUACCUAGGUGCACACCCUCAGGGUCCAGUUAGUAUGGAUGCACAAUUUCAGGUUUCUAGGUUCUUUGCUCUUGGAGCUAUGGCAGCCACAUAUUCCUUUCUAUGUGGUUUUUUGCUCAUAAAGAGGUGCAGACUCUCAGGGUCUUAGUAUCUGAACAUAGCAACCUGGAAAAAAAAAUUGUAUUAACAUGUUGUGUCUCAGUACAUCAACCCACAAAAGGUGUCACGUGUUAACAUAUUGUCCUACUUUCUCAAUAUGUCAAUUGCCAACCCUGAAAAAAUUUUAAGGUAUUGACUCUUGGUCUCUCAAUGCAUUAGUAAAAAUGUUAACAUGUUGAGUCCCAGUCUUUCAGUGCAUCAACCCAAAAAAAGUUGUGUUAACAUAUUGUCCUAGUUUGUCAUUAUAUCAAUCCAGAAAAAAUGUCUUGCAUGUCAGGUCCUAGAAUAGUGCCUUGUACAAUCUCAAGUGAAAUAUAACUUUCUCAACCCCAGAAUCUACUAACUUUUCUAUGGGUUUUUACUAAAGCCAUCUUCUUCUCUUAUAAUACUAAUGUCCCUAUUCAAAAAUGUUAGUUUUAUAUAAUAACCAGCAUAUUGUACAAUUGUAUACUGUAGUCAUUUCCUUAAGAUAAGAAGUAUUAACUGUUUUGUACUUUCUUACAGAAGAAUUGUAAAUCAUAGGUUGAAAAUAUUGAAUCAUGCGUUUGAUAUCCACAAAAUACACGACUUUUGAAAGAAUUUUUUUUUCAUUAUGUUAUUGUGCAUGUGUAAAUAGUUUGAUAUUACAUUGCCUUAAUAUAAGUUUUUUUUAUAUUUUUGAUAGAGGAUUUGGU